AUGCCUGGAAUGAUUGCUCAACACGUGUGGAAAGAUCUACAGCAAUGGCGUGCUGGACUCCCUAUAGACACAACAACAAAUAAUAAUAAUAAUAAUAGUAAUAUAAAUGAGAAUAUAAAUACAAAUACGAUAACAACGGGGAUAAAUGAAAAGGGAGUUUCUAUGCAUAAAGUAUCUCUGAAACCACUCCCGCGUAGUUUCCGUCCACAACGAAUUGUUCCUCUUCUCUACUUGGGAGCAUUGGAUGAUGUUCAGGAUACUUGGGCACUGCAGCAGCGAUUAAUGCCGGAUGAAUUAUUUCUUCUCAUCUCCGCCUGUGGAAGAGGAGAAGCCCCAACGUUGGAAUUACGAGAAUUGAUUUCAUCCACAGAUGAAGGAAUUAAAAAAAGAAGUGAAGGAGCGGUAAGGGUUGGGAAAGAUGAUAAUAAGUAUAUGCGUCGUUUGGCAGUAUGUUCAUGGGAUAAAAUAAAAGAAAAUGUAAUGAGUGGUGGUAAUGUUGAGAACGCCAAUAAUAAUAAUAAUAAUAAUAAUAAUAAUAAUAAUAAUAAUAAUAAUGAAUCCUUAUAUCUACACACUGCACGUUGGUUACAGCAAGUAUUAGAGGCACGUUCCUUUGAUCCUUCUGAGAAGAAAAUGGAAUUCAAUGAAUCGAAUCAAGAUUCAAAUUGUGAAAGAGUAUUAUACUUUAAGUUAAUUCUACCAUGGCAGGAUGAACCAUCCUUUCAGGCAAUUCAACACUUUUCUAUUGUUACCAUCAUGAUGCGAGCAGUAAUGGAGGGAUUGAGAAAAGCCGUUGUGUGUUAUUGUAUGGCAGGGAAAUCUCGUUCAGUGACUGUGGUGUGUGCAUUCCUUUUACAAUUCUGUUGUUUUCAUCCUUCUCUAAAAGAAAUGAAAGAGCGAUGGAAGUUAGAUGCCUCUCUUAUUCCUACUAUUACUACUCCCGCUACUACUAUCACUACUAGUAUGAAUAACAAGAAUAAUGGUAUUAGUAUUAGUAGUAGUAAUAGGAGUAGUAAUAGUGGUAGUAAUAGUGUUGUAGCGGCGGAGAUGGUGCAGGUGGUGUUGGAGUUUGUGCGGGAGGUGCGGUGUUAUGCCUGUCCUAAUGUGGGAUUUAUACAUCAAUUGCAAUCGUAUGCCAGUGAACUUCUCUAUAGUUAUAGUGAGGGAGAAACAACAAUAAUAGGGAUGUGA